AUGAGUGCAAUUUAUAAAUUAUCUAUUCAAGGUAUCAGAUCAUUCGAUUCAAACGAUAGAGAAACUAUUGAGUUUGGUAAGCCUUUGACUCUAAUUGUAGGGAGCAACGGUUCAGGUAAGACUACAAUUAUAGAAUGUUUGAAAUAUGCUACUACCGGGGACUUACCUCCAAAUUCCAAAGGUGGUGCUUUUGUACAUGAUCCAAAAAUUACUGGUGAAAAAGAUAUAAGAGCCCAAGUUAAAUUGGCUUUUACUAGCGCCAAUGGACUGAAUAUGAUUGUUACUAGAAAUAUCCAAUUAUUAGUGAAAAAAACUACAACUACUUUCAAAACACUAGAAGGUCAACUAGUGGCAAUAAAUAAAGAAGGUGACAGAAGUACAUUGAGUACAAGAGCGUUGGAGUUGGAUACCCAAGUCCCAUUGUAUAUGGGGGUACCAAAGGCUAUUCUAGAAUAUGUGAUAUUUUGCCAUCAAGAAGAUAGUCUUUGGCCAUUAAGUGAACCUUCAAAUUUAAAGAAAAAGUUCGAUGAAAUCUUCCAAGCAAUGAAAUUUACAAAAGCAUUAGAUAAUUUGAAAUCGAUCAAAAAAGACAUGUCAGUAGAUAUCAAAUUACUGAAGCAAAAUGUAGAACAUUUGAAAGUGGAUAGAGAUAGAUCAAAAGUGACAAAAUUAAAUAUAAACAAAUUAUCAAGUAAAUACAAAGAAUACCAAGACCAGAUAAAGUCAAUUGAAUUACAAUUACGCGAACUAACUGAACAGUCAGAUAUAUUAUUUACCUCAAAUCAAGAUUUUCAAAAAACCUUAUCACAUAUAGAAAAUCUAAAAGGAACGAAAUCUUCAACCUCAGAUUUAAUUAAUAGAUUGGAGAAUUCAAUAGAAGUAAUGGAUUUACCUGAAAGUGAAUUGAAAGAAAUUCUGGAAAAUUUUUCUGAAAAUUUAAAGAACAAAGAAAUUGAAGUUGCAAAUUUACGAAAAGAAUUGGAAAAUGAUAAAAUUAAUAUAGAAAAUGCUCAAAGGACUGCCGAUCAACUGCUAAGCAAAAAAGGUGCAUUGGAUUCUGAUAAAAAAAGUUAUGAAAGGUCUAUUGAAUCUCUAAAGGAAAUCGAGACACAGGCUAUUAAUAACUAUCAUAUAAAGCCCAUCGAUCCUACUAACAUUGGUAGAUUUAUAUCUGACUUAGUGUCUGUGCAAACACAAGAAAAUACAGCUUAUCAAGAAUAUAAAAAUAAGUACAAUGAAAAAAUCACAGAGCUAAAUAAAGAUAAAGCUUCGAUUACAGAACUUCUAGCUGUGCAACGCCAAAAAUUAGAGUAUAAUUUGAUGGAUAAAGAUAAAAUCAAAAAAGUAGUUGAGACUUUGGAACUUGACCUAUCAGGGAGUGAAUUCACAGACGCUGACUUAAAAAAUGAAAAGGAUUCUAUAGAUAAAUAUACUUCAAAAUUCCAACAACUCGAAGCCGAUGACAGUGUAUCUAAAUUAUCGCUAAAGAUCAAAGAAAAGAAUAACGAAAUGGUUCUUCUGGAAAGUGAAUUAGAAAAUUUGCAGGAGCGUAUAAUGAAAAUAAACCAACAAUCUGAUUUAUUUGCAAAAUUAUCUCUUCUAAAAAGAUCUCUGGCUGAAAAGAAAAAGUUACUAUUAGAUACUGAGAACCAAUUCUCGCAAGAUCCAAUAGCUCAGUCCACCAACCUUGUGGAUUCAAAUGAUAUUGGAAUUGAUUUUAACAAGAGUUAUAUUAACAUCCAGAAGUCAAUUGCCCUUAAUAAUAAAGAUACAAAUGAAUUAAAUAAAAAGCACACGGAAGCCUCAAUCAGGUCAACAAACUUACAGAACGAUAUGUUUUCAAAUAAAGAACUAAUUGAAAAGUUAACUAAACAUCUAGAAGAUACCUUACCUGAAGAUUGCCCUAUUGAAGAAUAUGGUGACAUGUUACUAGAAUCAGAGCAAUCCUAUAAAACUGCUUUGGAAAACUUAAAGAUGCAUCAAACUACAUUAGCUUUUAAUAAAAAGGCAUUGGAAAUAGCUGAAAACAAUAAUUGUUGUUAUCUUUGUUCAAGGGCAUUUGAUGAUGAAUCAUUUAAAUCUUCCCUUCUAAAUCAAUUGAAAGAAAGAACAAACGAUGAAUUUGAAGUAACUCUGAAGGAGACUGUCGAAUCUGAGAAAACAUUCUUGGAUCAGUUAAGAAAAUUGGAAAAGGAUAUCAUCACUCUAAAUACAGCUAAAGAUAAAUUGACUGAAUUGACAUCAAAAUCUGAUGAGCAAAGAAAAGUGUGUGAUAAGUUUCACGAUCAAUUAGCGGAGAUAGAAGCUAAGGGGAAUAAUUUAAAAGAAUCCAGAGAUUACUUUGAUACCCAUUUAAAAUCAAAAGUUGAACUAAUUACUAGAUUAAAAACAGAGACUCGAGAUUUACAAGCUGAGGUCGACAUGAUUUCAGAUGAAUUGAAAGUAUUUGGAGGGAUAGAAAAUGGAGUCCAAACAAUUGAAGAGCUCCAGAGUAAACAAAGAACUUACAAUGAUACUUUAAGAACCAGUAGAAAGGAAGUAGUCCAGCUCCAAGAAGAAAGGGAAGCUAAAUCCAACGAACUUUCUUCCUUGAUGAAUCUUAUCAAAGAAAGAAAUAUCAAAAUAUCACAAAUCGAAGCAUCACUGAGAAGGAGAAAAUCAAUCGAGGAAGACUUUAGGACCAAAAGGGAAGAAUAUUCUGAAAUUGCAGGCAGGAUCGAAAAAUUGAAUUCCGAAAUUAUUGAUUUAGAUAAUAAACUUCAAAAAGUUUUGAAGGACUGCAAGUCUGUGGAAGACAAUUUUUCGAGGGAAUCAACUACUAAACAAGAAGAUGUCGAUUCUAUUAACCGCUUUAUACAACAAGUUGAUCAAUAUUCGAGUGCUAUAAGGAAUUAUGAAUCCAAAGGUUCUACUGAACUUGAUAAUUGUAUAAGAGAAUUAUCUUCAGUAAGAAAUAUAAUCGAUUCCUUAAAGGAGAAUGUUGACAGUAAAAACAAGUCAUUAACUGACCAAUGUAGAAUUUUAAAUGAUUCCAAUAAUGAAAAGAAAAAUCUCCUACAGAAUAUUGAAUUAAUUGGUUUAAAGGACAAGUUAUCUCAAAUUGAAGAACAAAUCAGUUCAUUCGAUAUUGAAAAUGCAGAAAAUGAAAGAGAUAAAUAUCAGCAGGAAUCAUUAAAGUUAAGAAAUAUGAUAGAGAAAUUCAGUUCAGAAAAGGCAGGGAAAUUAGGUGAAAUGAAACAAUUACAAAACCAAAUAGAGUCGUUGAACCAACAAUUAAAAAUUGACUAUAAGAAUGUUGAUGACAAUUACCACAAGGGCUGGGUUGAGUUACAAACCAAAUCAUUUGUUACUGAUGAUAUUGAUACUUAUAGUAGAGCACUAGAUAGUGCCAUUAUGAAAUAUCACGGUCUGAAAAUGCAAGAUAUCAAUCGCAUUAUCGAUGAAUUAUGGAAAAAGACAUAUAGUGGAACAGAUGUAGAUUCGAUUCAAAUCCGAUCAGAUGAAGUAGGAAAUUCAACGAAGGGGAAAUCAUAUAAUUACCGUGUUGUUAUGUAUAAGCAAGAUGCGGAAUUAGACAUGAGAGGUAGAUGUUCUGCGGGUCAAAAAGUGUUGGCAUCAAUUAUAAUUAGAUUAGCAUUGUCAGAAACAUUUGGUAUCAAUUGUGGUGUUAUUGCACUUGAUGAACCAACUACCAAUUUAGAUGAAGAAAACAUAGAAAGUUUAGCUAAAUCAUUGAAUAAUAUUAUCCAAUUCAGAAGGAACCAGAAAAAUUUCCAAUUGAUUGUUAUUACUCAUGACGAAAAGUUCUUGAAUCAUAUGAAUGCUGCACAAUUUACUGACCACUUCUUCAAAGUGAAGAGAGACGAGAGACAAAAAUCAUUAAUAGAAUGGGUAGAUAUUAAUAGAGUAUCGGAAUGA